UCAUCAUCCUCCCGUCCUCUCCUUCCUGACUUAUCCCGUCUUCUACCACCAUUUACCUGAAUGACCCAUUCUCGAUAUCUAAAGACACUAUCAUUCAGGAUGCAGGUCGCGGAAAUACUAUCCGAUAUCACCUCGCUACGUGUCUGUGGACACAACGAGGCUCUCGCACUUGUCAGUGGACCGGCGCUCGUCAAUCAGCCGCAUGCUGGAGCUGGCUCGGGCGCCUCUAAUGGACAAACCAGCAAGCAAGAAGCCCUGCAACGUGCAAAGGAGCUCGUACAGUUACAUUACGAGGUGAAGUCCCGGCAUGUCGAUGGCGAGGUGGAUGAGGAGUUGCGUCAGGCUAGAGAGUAUGUGUACCGGGUUCUGAGGGAAUUGGCGUGAUGUUGUUGUUUUGAGUUUUGAAGCGUUUCGAUAAUGUAUAUGAUUAUGAUCUUUUUGUCGCCAUUCUCUUCAAUACACAGCCAGAGAACUUGGCUUGAAAACAG